GGUUAUUGUUUUAUUAUGAUCCCAUAAAAGAAGACAACUAGUCACAUGCCCUACAGGGAAAACGAAUCUGGUCUUUCUUUAUUAGCUUACAUCAAGAAGAGUAUAGUUUUGUCUCACUCUCUACGUGAUAACAAUAUAUAGCAUUGACUGCAAUAGCAAGAGAUCAGCAUUUGGAUAGAAGGUCAAAAGGAGAAAGGUACAAUGGAGAAGACUAAUGGCCUACGAGUGAUUCUGUUUCCACUUCCAUUACAAGGCUGCAUCAACCCCAUGAUUCAGCUCGCCAAGAUCCUCCACUCAAGAGGUUUCUCCAUCACUGUGAUCCACACGCGCUUCAACGCGCCCAAAGCUUCAAACCACCCUCUCUUCACCUUCUUACAGAUCCCAGAUGGCUUGUCUGAAACAGAGACAAGAACUCACGAUGUCGAACUUCUCAUAGCGCUUCUCAACCGAAACUGUGAGUCUCCGUUUGGUGACUGUUUGAGUAAACUGUUGCAAUCUGUAGAUUCAGAAACAGGGGAAGAGAAACAGAGGAUUUGCUGUUUGAUCCAUGAUUCUGGUUGGAUCUUCACACAAUCCCUAGCCAAGAGUUUGAAUCUACUGAGAUUGGUCCUUAGUACCUAUACGAUAUCCUUCUUUAGAAGCCAUUUUGCUCUUCCUCAGCUCCGGCGUCAAAUGUAUCUUCCAUUACAAGAUUCAGAACAAGAUGAUCCAGUUGAGGAGUUUCCACCACUUCGAAAGAAAGAUAUUUUACGGAUUCUUGAUGUAGAAACAGAGUCACUAGAUUCGUGCUCGGAGAUGAUUUUGAAAACGACAAAGGCGUCUUCAGGUCUUAUAUUCAUGUCCUGUGAAGAGUUGGAACAAAAGUCACUGAGUCAGGCACGUGAAGAUUUUAAAAUUCCGAUCUUUGCGAUAGGACCUUCUCAUAGUCACUUUCCUGCUUCUUCUAGUAGCUUGCUCACACCGGACGAUACUUGCAUUCCAUGGUUAGACAAACAAGAAGACAAAUCCGUAAUUUACGUGAGUAUUGGGAGCAUCGUGACCAUCAGCGAACCAGAGUUAAUGGAGUUUGCUUGGGGUCUAAGUAACAGCGACCAACCGUUUUUAUGGGUCGUCCGGGUUGGUUCAGUCAAUGGCACGGAAUGGAUUGAGACAAUCCCGGAAGAUUUCAUCAAAAGGCUUAAUGAGAAGGGAAAGAUAGUAAAAUGGGCUCCACAACAAGAGGUUCUAAAGCAUCGAGCCAUUGGAGGAUUUUUGACACAUAAUGGUUGGAACUCGACGGUUGAGAGUGUUUGUGAAGGCGUCCCUAUGAUCUGUUUGCCUUUUCGUUGGGACCAAAUGCUAAAUGCAAGAUUUGUUAGCGAUGUAUGGAUGGUUGGGAUACAUCUAGAGGGUCGGAUUGAGAUGAAUGAGAUUGAGGGAGCGAUAAGGAGAUUAUUGUUGGAAACUGAAGGAGAAGCCAUCCGAGAGAGGAUAGAGCAUCUUAAGGAGAAAGUAGGAAGAUCGUUUAAACUAAACGGUUCCGCAUAUCAAUCUCUACAAAAUUUGAUUGAUUACAUAUCAUCUUUCUAGCCAUUGACAUGUUGUUUCUUUAUGUUUUAGUUUCUCAACCGAUAAAUUGUUUGUGUAUCAGAAAUAUCUUCCUUUGUUUUUUG